UCUUAUUCGAUGGGUUUGUGUUCUUCAUCUCAAUCCAUCUUCUUCCAUUCUCCCUUCCCUCUCUCUCUUUCCUUGCAUCCAAUCCUAACCCAUUUUAUAUUUGUAUCACAUGAUUUCAUUUCAGAUUUUCAUUUUUUGAUUGUGAUCAUGAAAAUCUUUGUGCAUGUCUGAUCAAUCUUCAUUUGUGGUUUUUGAAAUCUCAUAUAUUUAGCCUAAAAGGAGUUUGUAUGUAAUUUUUUUCAUCAUCAUCAUCAUUAUUAUUAUUAUUAUAUAUUUUUUUUUGAAAAAUGGGUUUUUCAGUUUUAUCUUGGCCUUUUCAAGUUCACCUGAAUUUGUAUAUAUUUUUGAAUCCCAAUAUGUUUUGAAUAUGAUCUGGAUUUUCAGUGAAAGUGCUCUUUUUUUUUUUCUUUUUUUUUUUUAAUGAAUUAAUGGCAACUCUUCAGUGCCUUGCUUCUUGCAAUGAAUACUAUCAGUGUGGUGUUAAAUUUUCCGAUUUUAGUGUAAAGAAUUCUGGUAUGAGAAGCUAUAAAACGAAGUGUGAAGAAAGAGGGUAUUUGGAUUUAGAUGAAGAGAAGGGUGGAAGGAAGAAGCCUCGGAUUUUGAUCGCCGGAGGAGGGAUUGGGGGGCUAGUUCUGGCUCUGGCAGCAAAGCACAGAGGUUUUGAAGUGAAGGUGUUUGAGAAGGAUUUGAGUGCGGUGAGGGGUGAGGGUCAGCACCGCGGCCCAAUUCAGCUUUCAAGUAGUGCUUUAUCAGUUUUGGAAGCCAUUGAUAAGGAUGUCUUGAAGCAAAUUUUGAAGGCAGGUUGUAUUACUGGUAAUAGGAUCAAUGGCUUUGCCGACGGCCUAUCCGGGAAAUGGUUUUUAAAGUUUGAUCUUUUGACUCCUGCCGUAAGGAGGGGACUUCCUAUUACUCAGGUAAUAUGUAGAAUGGAAUUGCAAGACAUCUUAGUAAAUGCAGUUGGGCAUCACAUAGUAAGUAACAAAUCCAAAGUUGUGGACUUUGUGGAAGACUGUAACAAGGUCACCGUAAUCCUUGAAAAUGGGACGCAGUAUGAAGGUGAUAUUUUGGUUGGUGCAGACGGGAUACGGUCAGAAGUGCGUUCAAAACUAUUUGGGUCCCAAGAAGCAAAAUAUUCAGAUUAUACAUGCUAUAGCGGACUAAUGAACUUUGUGCCGCCAUAUAUUGAUUCUAUUGGGUAUCGUGUAUUCUUGGGACUGAAUCGGUAUUUUGUUGCUUCAGAUGUUGGAAAAGGGAAGAUGCAAUGGUAUGCAUUCCAUAAGGAGUCCCCCAUUAAUACUGAUCCUCCUGGAGGUGAAAAGGAGAGGCUUUUGAAACUGUUUUGCGGCUGGUGUAAUGAUGUGAUUACACUAAUUUCUGAAACACCAGAGCAUAUGAUUUUACAGAGAGACAUUUACGAUAGAGACAUGAUAUACUCCUGGGGAAAUGGACGUGUGACUCUGGUAGGUGAUGCUGCUCACGCAAUGCAGCCAAAUCUUGGCCAAGGGGGUUGUAUGGCAAUUGAGGAUUGUUACCAACUUAUACUUGAGCUUGACAGGGUUGUCCAUGGUGGCUCUGAUCAUUGCUUGUUGAAUCAAAUUGCCUCGGCACUUAAAAGAUAUGAGAAGAAAAGAAUGUUCCGUGUUAGCAUAGUUCACGCAGUGAGCCGAAUGGCAUCAAAAAUGAUUUUCUUUUACCAACCUUAUAUGGAAUUCGGAUUUGGCCCGCUGCAUAAUCUGGCUUUAGUACCACAUCCUGUAAUUCAUGUUGUACGCGCAUUUUUGCAAAUCUGUUUGCCCCAAUUCAUGACUUGGACAAUAACAGGCCACUGGUAAGCCAAAACUGUUCCAAUCCACCUCUAACUUGUCAAAUGCCACAGGUUGUAAUGAAAGAGAGAUGACUAAACCCUACUGCAACAUCAGUAGUGCGGGGUUGUUGAUCUGAAACUUGAUGAACUCUGAGGUAAAGGUUCAGGGGAUUGUGGAACCACUGAAAACCAGAAAGAGAAGGUAAUUUAGAAGCACAAAAGUCUGAGAAAAUGAAUUUAGAGCACUUCAUUAAUGAUCCGAAAAACCGUGUUAUUGAAAUAGCAUGUCAUAUAUAUGGUGAUGGUAGCAGGAGUUGGAGCAAGGGAUGAAUAUUUUUCGCUUUAUUCAUAUCACACUUGGAUGGCAUCAUUUCUUACGAGCUGGAUUUUUGAUAAAAUUUCAAUAUAUAUAUAUAUAUAAAUGGGACAGUUGUAAUGGUUAGGACUUGGAUGAAUGCAACUUGAGAUGUUAGAUGAUUCCAAUUGAA